AGAAUUCUCCAUGUUGUGUUGCGAAUGCACGCUAACUUAUUAAGCUAUCCAUACAGUCUGUUAAUUACUGUAUUGAGACUUGACUGCCAUUGCAUUUUCGGCAUGGCUAAAGAUACUAUUUAUCUAUGCAAUUUUCGUGUUUCUGUUGAUGGUGAAUGGCUAUGUUUAAGAGAACUAACUGAUGUUCAGUUUGAUGCGAGCCAACUAACUUCUCCCGUGCAGAAAACUUAUGAAGUUAAAGAAGAAAAAGAUCCUGUAGCCAUAGAACGUUCAAAUCUUUUGAAUGUGAUUAAAUUAGUUGUCAAAGAGCUCAUUGAAUCCUCCCUUAAGUACGGUAGACAACUCGACUCAGAUCAUGUUCCUCUGCAACAUUUUUUUAUUCUUAUGGAGCAUGCUAUGAGACAUGGUCUGAAACCUAAGAAAGGUCUUCUGGGUCCUAAAAAAGAAUUGUGGAAUGUAAUGGAAGCUGUAGAAAAAUACAUGCCUGAAGCUUCAGAUAUUACCUCAAGUGUCAGGGAAUUGCCAUCUGUAAAAACUCAUUUAGGUAGAGCAAGAGCAUGGCUUAGGUUAGCAUUAAUGCAAAAAAAAUUAGCUGAUUAUUUCAGAAUGCUAAUUGAUGGAAAAGAUGAGAUUCUAAGUGAAUUUUAUGAAAGAGAUGCUCUUAUGAUGUCUGAAGAAGCAAUUGUUGUGGGUGGUCUUUUAGUUGGAUUGAAUGUCAUAGAUUGUAAUUUAUGUGUUAAGGAGGAAGAUUUGGAUUAUCAACAAGGUGUCAUUGAUUUCAGUCUAUAUUUAAGAGAACCAAAUGGUGAAGUUCAGCCUAUUGAAGGUGUAGAAACUAGCAACUUCACUGCAGUCUUAGAUCAGAAGAAUUACAUUGAAGAGCUGAAUCGUCAUCUCAAUGCUACUGUAACAGAUUUACAACAAAAAGUUGAGCAGCUACAAACCACGAAUGCAUUAAUGAAAGAAGAUUUGGCCAUAUCAAAAAAUCAGAUUAUUACACUUCAGGAUGAAAAUGCACAACUAAGAAAAAUCUGUGAUAAAUUGACAAAAGAGAACAAAAAGAGGCUUGAUGAAAUUAAGGCUGAUAUGAUGACUGAAAGAGAAACUUAUCAAACAACUCAAGUUGGCCUUGAUUCCAUGUACACAGAUAUCAGAAAUUCACUGCAAGAAGAAAUGGCUAAAAGAAAAGUUGGUAAUACAUGGAAUGAUCCAAUGCUAACUUCUCUACAGGAGUUGGAAGUUGAAUGUGAGCUUCAAAGGACAUUACGAGAUGAAGCAGAAGUUGCAAUGAAGCUCCUUGAGAAAGAUAUACAUGAAAAACAAGACACUAUUUUAUCCAUGCGACGGCAGUUGGAAGACAUUAAAGCUAUCAAUCUUCAACUUUAUAAUAAAUUACAGGCCUGUGAGAAAGAUUUGAAGAUGAAAACAGAUUAUUCGACUGAGCUUGAAUCAAAAAUUGUAGAGCUGAACAAGUCUUUGCAUGAACUGGAGGAUAAGAGUUAUGACUUAGUGAAUCUCAAAAGUAAAAAUGAAGAAUUAGUGAGGAAAUUUGGAGCUCAAUUAGCAGAAAAGGAUCAAUCAAGGUCAGUUUUGGAAUCAGAUCUGAAGAUUGAAAGAGCUCAAAGAGCUUCAUUGCAAUCAACUGUUGAUAAUUACCAGAAACAAAUAGCUUCACUCAAGGAUACAAUUAAAAAAUCUCAGUUAGUAAACCAGGAAUAUGAAAAAUUAAAGGCUAGCUAUGCAGAUUUACAGAGGUUGCAUUCCGAGCAUGAAAGAACAUUAGAAGAAAUGGGAAUUCAGUUAAAAGAAUCAAAAUUAAAAAUCGAAGAUUUGAAAGAAAAUCAGAUGGCUAUGAAAGAAGCAGUAUGGACUCAAGAUAAACAAGUUACAUACUGUAAACAGUGUAACAAACCCUUUUCAGUAGCUAGACGGAAGCAUCAUUGUAGACAUUGUGGCGAUAUAUUUUGCAACUCGUGUUCUGAUAACACUAUGCCACUUCCUUCAUCAGCUAAACCAGUACGGGUCUGUGAUACAUGCUACACUCUUCUGCUACAAAGAUACUCAGCUACUACAGAUUAUACUUGAUGGGACAGCAAGCAAAUAAGUUUUAGAUUAUUGAAAGUAUACAUAUGUACAAAAGUGGUUUUGUAUGCAUUAUAUAUUAUAUACUAUACAUAUAUAUAUAUUUCAAGUUGAAAUAAGAGAUUUUUUUAUAUUGCAGAAAUGAAAUAUCAAUUGCUUUUUAUGGAAUGUUUACAAAUUCAGAUUGUGUAGAAAAUAAUAAUAUUGUAGCUUUGUUUAAAUAUGAUAUAUAUAUUAAAAACUAUAUUAAAAACCUUUUUGGAUUGAAUAUUAUUUAUAAAUAAUAUUUCAAGUUGUGGCUUUACGUAAAUAACAGUUACAAAUACUGCUAUAAAAAAAACUUUUUGAAAAUGAAAAAAAAAAAGAGGGAAAUCUUAUUGUUUGAUUUAUGUAUUAAAUUUACUAUAUAAAACUGAUUAAAUAGUCACUUAUGAGAGCUUCCUGUGCAUCAUGAAAUUGUCCAAUUAAAAUACUGUUAAAAGAUGUUUAUUUUUUUUUAUAAUGGAAUAUAAGUAUAUUAAAAAUAUUAAAUGGUGAUUGUUUACCAGAAAGAUUGCAUAGUAUUUAUCAUAUUUUUUAUGUGCUUGAACUGUUACUUUUAUAUAAAUUAAAAUUCAAUGUAUUUAUUUAUUCUCUUUUUAUAAUUCACAUUGCUACACUGUAUCUAAAAAUAACACAACUGAAUGCUCAUUUGCCAUUAGUUUAUCAGCACAUUGAUUUUCUUUAGUAUAUUUGUGUAUAUUUUAACCUAUUAAUUAUAAUUUUACUAUAUUUUUUUAUGGAAACUGUGUUAAGUUAUUCAGAUACUGUAUAAGUGAAAUAUAGAUUUACUUUUAACAAAUUUACACAUGUAUUUGCCUCUAAACAGAAA